UCCUUGUAGGUUUCCUGCAGAUUUUAGCAUAAGUGUUGCAAUGGAACCGAGCUGGAGUACGUUUUUAUUCCAACAGGCCAAUGAGGCUCUGCAUCACCAGCACCAAGUAGCCGGGAAUAGCCUCUUGCCUUUGCUCAAUUCUGGAACGGAGCCACCUGAUCAGAAACCAGUGCUGCCCAUUCCCUUGGACCAGAAACCCCCUGUCAGUGCUGCAGAACUCCUUAAAGACAAUGUGGCCAGUGGGACUGGGGGAGGAGGUGGUGGAGGGCCUUCAAUUGCUGUGGUCAAAAAGGAGCCUAAAUCAAAGACGCCCUUCAUCUGUGGCUACUGCAACAAGGCUUUCCGGGACAGCUACCACCUGCGGCGGCAUGAGUCUUGCCACACUGGCAUUAAAAUGGUUUCGCGGCCUAAGAAGGCACAAACAGCCCCCACCAUGGUGCCGCUCAUAUCUACCGUACCUCGUGAGAAUAGCGGAAACCCUUCAUAUAUUACCACAGUAGCUGGUAUCUUGACUACAGCUACCACAUCAACAUCCACAGGCACCAGUGUCAUGACCCCAAUGCAACAUCAACAGCAGCAGAGCCUCCCUAAGAAGCCUCCCAAGCCGGUGAAAAAGAAUCACGGCUGUGACAUGUGUGGUAAGGCCUUCAGAGAUGUAUACCACCUCAACCGCCACAAGCUGUCGCACUCUGAUGAGAAACCGUUUGAGUGUCCCAUCUGCCAGCAGAGGUUCAAGAGGAAGGAUCGUAUGACCUACCAUGUCCGCUCCCAUGAUGGUGGAGUUCACAAGCCUUACAUCUGCUCUGUCUGUGGAAAGGGCUUCUCCAGACCUGAUCACCUAAGCUGUCAUGUCAAGCAUGUCCAUUCCUCAGAGAGGCCUUUCAAGUGCCAAGUUACGGCCUGUACCUCUGCUUUUGCUACCAAAGACCGUCUACGCUCCCACAUGAUCAGGCAUGAAGGCAAAGUCACCUGCAACAUCUGUGGCAAAAUGCUAAGUGCUGCCUAUAUCACAAGUCACCUCAAGACGCACGGCCAGGCCAGCUUCAGCAACCCAUGUAAUAAUAAAGGCAUAAGUGACUGGCAGUGGAACCACUCAGGGCCACGAAAAGGUGAGUUGACGGUAGGAGAGAUUUUAAAUAACUCCUUCCAAGUCCUAAUUGACAGCUCUCACAAAGAUGCCAACACCGUGCACAACUCCACCACUACAACACCAGUCACUAACUCGGCAGCAAUCACCUCAGCUAUAAACCGCAGUGUCAGUGCCAGCCAUCCUGUCACCAUUGCUGCUCAGAUGAACAUCGCCACCAGCACUGUCAACAUCACGUCACCGGUCAACCUGCAGCACCCUGUAACCAUCACCGGCCCUGUGAACCUGGCCUCUGUCAACAUCCCUACAACAGCACACAUGAAUAUAGCCCACCCAGUGGCUAUCACCACCCCCAUGGCCAUGAAUAUCACUGGCCCACUCAACAUUGCCAUGAGGCCCAUGGAGAGCAUGCCUUUUCUAUCCCAAGUUCUGCCUUCCUCACCUCCUUGGUAGAGCUUUUUUGCAGAUGUAACUGCUGAGAAUGUUUUAACUGCCUAAUAAUGGAUGAGCUUGUCAAAGUUAGUAGCCUACAUGGAUUGGAAAGGUAAUAACUUUCCAAAUUAUGUAAUACAGCCACAUUCAUAGUUACCAAUUAGUGUCACUUGCUGGAGUCAUUAUGUCAUAAUUUGUCAAUGUUUAAUAAUUUCUGUAUUUAUAGAGGGAAAAAAAGGUUUCAGACACCCUUAAUCAUAAUGGAAUGAGUUGUUUUGCUUAUUAACCUAGAAACUGGAAAAGGCAUAUUGAUACUAGAUAGAAAUUCCCGUUUUUACGCAAUGAAUUAAAUACCUGACAAAUCAAGGUACUUGAUCACAUAAUGCAAAAAUUAUGUAAAUCAAAUAUUACCGCUAAGCAGUUCUACACAUGGAUUUGCAUAAACACAGCAGCAAAGUAACGUCCUCUUACUGAUUUUUCCUGUAGCUAUGGACCAAAUUUCUCAGUUCCCAUCAUGUUUUUUGCUCACUUGAUAUAGAACUGCGGUCACAUGAUUUUUUACAUAUGGAACAGGGGAUUGUAAAGCCCCUGUCUGUGAUAAGAUGGUCUUUAGUGUUAGAUGUGAUUGGCCUCCAAUCUUUGUUCUCCAAUAUGCAGUUGAAAGAUCUGAAUUAGGUAGAAAGAGGCUUAAGUCCAGAUUAUUUAAUCAAAGUACAAUAACCAAGGUUAAGAAUCAACAUUUUAUGCUGAGAUAAACUUGUAUUUGUUACCUCUUUACUGAUUGACUGCAGAACACUUAAAAUAACUUCUCUCACAUGCAUCCCUAUGACGCGAUGAUGAUUGAAAUGUGGAUUUUUGAAAGCUGAUGUAAUCUACAGGUACUUUGUGUGAAUUACCAUUUUAUGCCAAAGUUUUUCUAAGAAUGAUGAUUCCUUCUCAAUGCUAUAUUUUGGAAGAAAUUCCUUUUAAACAACAUUUAGAACAUCGCUGAACACUAAAUUCUCCCUUUUGAAACCCAAGGUUAAUGAAAUUGGCACCUUCAGUCACUCCCCCACAUCACCCAUUUCUACUACUUCCCCUUGAGUUGUGGUUAGGGGGCAACCGCUCUCUAACUGACCCCUUAUUUUAUUAAAAGCCAACAUGAAGUGGUGUUAACCUAGUUAUGUACACAUUUUGCAUCCAUUCAUUUUACCCAGUACUUCAUAUGGCAUUUCAUCACAUCAACAGGUUUUAUACUUUCAAUCUGAACAAGUAUUUUCUUCCAUUUUUGACAUGGUUUAAAAUGAUUGGGCAGUUAUUAUAUUAUCAGCAGCUACAUAUCCAUCCAUAUUUUAUAUUUAUCCCAUGCUUACCCCUUUUUUUUUUCUUUUUUUUUUACUCCCACAGAUAGGUGAGGGUGAAUCAGCUUGUUGCCACAGCAUUUGCAGUGAACACACAUGCUGUGGAAAGGCAAGCCCUUAUAGAGCCCUGUUUCCCAAUUCUUUAUUUUAUAUUUAGCCACUAAGGACAGUGUCUGUUUUUUAAAAGUAACCAGUUGAAAAUGACUUCCUCAACUGGGUUUCUGACUUCAAAAUUGGGUAUACCUUAGGCAUUGUUAACAACUCAAAAAGAAGUGUAUUGCCUGAAUGGUUCUUAAAUGCUUUCUCUUAAGGCAGAUCUUUUUUCUAUUGCUAUUUUAGUGGACUUAUCAGUGUUUAAUAGUUUAUCUAUUUUAAAGUACAAAAAAACAAAGCUUCCUUUUAGGGGAGGGAGAGUGAUAUUAUGGAUUCCACUUAGACAGAUCACUCAUGUCUGUUUUUAAUAAUCGCUGGAAACAAGUUACUCAUCACUGCUGGAUACUCUACAAAUGUUUAUCUGUGACAUCUGUUUGGAAUUGUUUGUAUGUAUUUAUGUCAGGACAUGACAGUUGAAGGUACAGAAAAGAGGAAAUGUCUCGUACUGAAAGCUUGUCCCCAAGGUUUUGCCUUUUUAAAUGGCAUUAUUUUCAAAGGUCAAAUAAUUUUAAAUAUUAAUUACUGAGUACUUUUUAAUUGUAGAGGUCAAGAGAGCUACCCAGUGGCUCAUUAGGCGGCCACUAAAGCAGGCCCAAAAUCAACUAUUGUAUGUUCACUUGGUUAGACUGUUUACUUUAGCAGGUAUAGGAUCCCGUCACUGUCAGUCAAACUCAGGAAGGUUACUGAGAAUAGUCUUUUAAAAACACAUUCACCAAUUUACAUACUGACCAUUUAUUUGUAAAUAUGAAACACUAUUUUAUUGCCUUUUACCUGUGGGAGAGAUAAGCCCUCUCUAUUUAUCACAGGCUAGCAAUGCAAGAACUAUAUCACCACUGCUGUGGCCGUCCAUCCCGGAAAGGACAGAGAAAUGAGAACAGACUAUUUCAAGGCUAGUGUCAAUUUCUUUUUAUUAUCAUCAAAACCCAUAAAGGCCAAACAACAACAAUUUAUCCUAACAAUCUGUAUAGCUGCAACGUAGCUGCAACUGAUCUAGUUUUUCAAUAUGUUGAACUCUUAAAAACUAUCAAAACUAUUAGGAGGAACAGAGUGUAGUUUAUUCCCCUCAGCUUGUCAACCUAGCAAAGCAGCACAUACAUGACAAAAGAAUUCCAGCCUUGCUCUUUUUAGCUGAAUUUUCUCUCUAGAUCUCACUUGCAUAGCUUGGGGUAGUUUUUUUUUUAAUUGUUAGUAGUUGGGUUUUUUUAUUUAAAAAAAUCCUGGCAGUUUUUCUCUAGUUGAAUUGUUGAGACUAUAUCACAAAAGAGGCUUUAUAUUCCCACCCAAAGUUCAGUUGUCACACAAAGCACAACACAAUUUGACACUAUGUACACUGGAUGACAAGUACAUCCUGUCUUAGAAGUUACAGCUCCAUGACUCCUCCUGUGUGGAUAAUUGCAUACAUGUUGCAGCACACAGUGCAUGUAGCAAUUCUUAACUGAUGUCCACCCUUGGGUAUGAAUCAGUGCAGAAAGAUGUAACAGUAUCAUGGCCAAGGUUUAACAGGCUUCCCUGAGGUUCGGGUGUGUGAGAUGUGAUUUCUAAAGAAAAAAAAGUUCUGAAAGGCUGCACAAAGACCAGACUGCAUCCCACAGCCUGGUCUUUUUCAAACAACUCUUUUUUUGUAAUCUCUAUGGCAUGAAUCUCGAAUAAGAUGUAAAAUUCUCCUGAGAAGCAUUCAUGGAGUUGUACUUGGCUUGUUUACAUUAAAAGUGACAAGCGGAUAUGAGAUGGUUGAAAAAAGAGCUUGAGAGAGGUCUUUCUAACAAACCACACACCUGGCCAUCACUUUUUAAAGUGUGGUUGUGGGACUGUCUGGACUUUACUUGAGGCAUACUGAGGCUUUCAGUGUAAGCUAGUUGACCACUAAUGACAAAGUGGGUUGCCACUGUUUAAAAAGGCAUGUAACCACAUCUUCUAUUAACAGUGAUAAGGGAAACAUUUGUAUUGAGGGCUGUGACUUGGCUGAAGUUGGGACUUGUUCAACUUGCACACAUUCAGAACCAGUUUACAGAACAUACUGUCCAGAAUUGACCAGGCCCAUGGAUAGUGACUGAAGAUGUUGUGACAACCCUUUCAGAGAGCAGACAUGUGUGAGGGGCAUCUACUUAACACAUGUUUGAACAGUGUUUGGGCUGCUUUCAACAGUCCAUACUAGCAGGGACUCUGGUCUACAGUCUAGUUUCACCCUGUCUGUCCAUCUGCACACUUCCACAUGUGCAUGCUUUAAAUUAUGUUUUCCAAUCAGUUAAAAUAAAUUGCAUAUAAAAGACAGUAUAAUUGAAAUACUUUCUGUUCAUGGUACAAGUGGUACCCAGCCAAGCAGCUUCCAACCCUAGUUGGGAGGAGGGUUGUGAUGGAGGGUUGGCUGACACCUAACCCAUUCAGAUAGGUUGGUCUGGAUGGGAUACAAGUCUCUUUUGUGAUCUCAGCUCAACAUUUCUUGCACUAGACUCACAUACUAUCCCACAGUCCCCUGGCUUUUUGUGUCUUGGGGAACUAGUCAGUUAGUUUGUAGUGAAGCAUGUUUCUAAUUCAGGCCUUUUUCAGUACAUGAACUCUGAAGCACUUGCAGCAAACCGUAGGAUGUGCACACUACAGAAGAGUGGUACCUACAGGAGAAUUUCAACUUUAUGGAAUGAGACAAUGAUUGGUGUUUGUUUUACAGCUCCCCUGGCCUCAUCUUUAUUUUGGCAGCCCAGAUGUUUGACCCAAUAAAAUUCUUUAUAUGCAUGCCAACACUGUCCUCCAAGGGAAUUGCUCUAAUAUUGAAUGACAUUAUGAUCUUGGGAAUGGAUUCAUUUCCUAUCUUUUAAGUUUUUCCAAUGUUGCAUGUGGAUGACUGAGCUUGUCCAGUGUAUGUUUCAGUUCAACAACCAUUAGAAGGCUAGUGACUUUUUAUGAAAACAAAACACUAAAAAAAAUUAGGAUGAAAGGAGGUGUGUGGUGUCAUUUGUCCUUCUCCAGUGGCCGUAAACUAGUGUGCCUGAAAUACUUUGCAAGACUUCCCACACGUCAAUGCUUCCUCCUCUAGAUGUAUUGUGUGAUGGAAUAGUUUUGUGAAGGAAGCCUUCAUUUGUUCAGACAUCUGUGGGCCCCAGAGGUCUGGCAACCAAACUAUGUGAUUAGCUUGUUAUUUUUAUUAAACAUCUAAUGAUUGUGAAUUUAUCAUAGUCUACUUCAGGAACAACCUAGAAAUAUGAAUUGAUAUCUUUAUUUGAGUCAAGGUUCAAAUGUACUUGUGACAUUUAACCAUGUGGUUUAUAUUUUGUAAUUUGACUCCAACCUAAUGUGAAAAACGAAAACUUUUAUUUGGCCAAAUAAUGAUUUUAAAGAUUUUUAUUUUUAAUUUUGUGAAGUUUAUAUGAUAAAUUUGGCAGAUGUGAAGGCAAAUGAAUGUAUAUCUUUGUACAAACCAUUUAGUUAAGAGGACAUGUUAGUUAUGACAGACAUGAAAGAAAAAAAAACCUUUUUAUAAAUCUUUUUGUAUUAGAACAUUAACAAUGGUAAUUUUUGUACAUACGAAAGCUAGGCUUUCUGAUUAGCAGAAAGGUAAAACAUUCCUACAUUUUUUUAAAUGUAUGUCCAUUGAAAAUAAUUAUGUAAACAUGCGCAGUGUUUUAUGUGCCUUUUAUUUGGGUUUGUCUAAAUAAAAGAAAACAAUAAAACGUGAUUGUGGACUGUCCAUGUUGAGUCCCACAGGAAAGUCAACAGAUCUACUUGUGGUUUUAGUUGUUUUUUGUAGCUUCAGUUAAGUUUUCUUGGAGGCCGAGAUGCUUACUGAAGUGUUCAGUUUGUGUGGAUGUUUCUGAUCUCCAGCCUCAUCAGUGUCUUCACUGGCUCGAUGUCUCACAGUUGGCCUAUUCAUGAUGAAAGUGCCUCUGUGACGUUGCUUAUUGGAGUGGAUUGUGUGCCAAAUCAUGGUCUUUGUAUGACAACAAAACAUUUU